UCGGCGUCCGCCAGAUCGGCGCCGCGCGCCGUGUCGCCCGCGACCCCAACCACCGCAGCCACCAACGACCCGGACGCCGGCGCGCAGCCAGAUAAGUGGGAGGAGUUCGCGGCGCGGGUGUCCGGCGAGUGGGACGGCUUCGGCGCGGACUUCACGGUGGCCGGCGACCCGGUGGAGCUGCCGGCCAACGUGGUCCCGGACGCGUACCGUGAGUGGGGGGUCCAGGUGUUCGACUGGCAGACGCAGUGCCCCACCCUGGCCGACCCCGCCGCGCCGGGCGCGCUCCACUAUCGCCUCGUCCGCCUCCUCCCCACCGUCGGCUGCGAGGCCGACGCCGCCACCGUGCACACCUCCCACCAGCGCCACGUCUCCUCCGCCACCGCCUUCGCCUACGGCGGCGCCGGGGGCUCCUACGUGGCCACGUGGCCCAAGGGCCCCUCGGCCGUGCUCGAGGUGGAGCACUGCAUCUGCCACCCGGACAACGCGGAGGUGCGGGUCAGGCUGGUGCAGACGGUGGCGCUGGCCAAGGACGCGGCGCGGCUGCGCGGCGUCAAGGUGUUCUCCGAGCAGUGGUACGGCCCGUACCGCAACGGCGACCAGCUCGGCGGCUGCGCGCUCCGCGAGUCCGCCUUCGCCGCCGGGGAGAGGCUCCCCGCGUCCGAGGUGGUCGGGCAGUGGGAGAGCGCCGCCAGGUUCUCCGGCGCGCUGGACCCCGUGACGGGCAAGUUCGCGGGGCUGGAGCCGGACCACGAGCCGCGGAGGACGGCGAGGGACGGUGCCGGCGUCGUGACGCUGCUGCCGAAGCAGCUGUGGAGCUCGCUCAAGGUGAGCGGCGGCGACGGCGACGGCGACGACAGCGACGUGGUGUGCGAGGUCGGGUGGCUGCUGGGCCACGGCAGCGCGGUCACGUCGACGUGCGUCCUGUCCAGAGACGGAGACGUCAAGGAGAUAGCUGCUGCGCAGGAGACCCGGGUGUCGGAGGCCACCUGAACAGAGCCAAGAACUCUUCAGGUUUCAUCAGAUCUUUACAUAGAAGGAAAUUAUACUUACACAUCUAGAAUAGCCAUACUCAUACUGUAAAUCUGUCAUCCAACUAGAAGAUGAUCUACUAAGCAAAUUGGUCUCUGCAAAGACAUGAA